AUGGAUUGGUCAAGUGAUAAGUGCGCCACUUUAUUAUCGACAAUCCUAAUCAGUGUGUUGAUAGUAGCGGCGGCUGCGCGGCACACCAGCGGUGACCAGAAGCCCGAGCAAUCGAUGCCGGGUAAAAAUAUUUUAUUGGACCAUGAAGCCAUUAAGCAAUUAAGCCAAGUCUUCCAGUUUCCCAAUGCGGUGCUGUCCCGAUAUCCCCGAGCCGGUGAUCGUGUGUAUCAGUACAACAGCGGAUAUUCUGCUCCCAAUGAUACGGUGUUCCUGCCCUUUGAAACCACGGACAACCAAGCGCAUGGUGAAGUGCCCAACAACAUAGCGGAAGCUAGCCGGCAGCUGCAGCCGGGUUAUGUCAGAUCAGCCGACGAUAACACUUAUGCAGCGCACGUGCCGGCAUAUAUGAUUAAUUUAUAUAACACCGUCGCCGACCGGAAUGGCGUUAUGCGCAUACCCAAUCCCUUCCAAGCCAAUCUCAUCAAAAGCUUCAUUCAUAAAAAAAUUCACGAUGACACAGCAGCAAACGAACAGCGACUAAGUUUCAACUUAUCCAGUUUAACCGGGAAGGAAACGCUGCUGGAAGCGGAACUGCAUGUGAAAUUUACUGUACGUUUUCCGAAGCUCAAAGAUAUCGCGACCGCUCCUGGUGGCGGUAUCUGGGAAACGAUAGCAAAACCGUUCUCACCUGGCCACAACCAACCCCACCGGCACCGGUUAAUUAAGAAAAUCACCAUGACCUUGUAUCAAAUGCAGGCAGUGCUGGACAUUGGAGACGAUGUUCCACUUGCAACCAAAACAAUUUAUGUCAUGGUACAACCGGGAGGCAUUGCGCAGUUUGCAGACGUUUUUCCUGUCAAAGAAACGGUUAUGAAUUGGAUGCAGUCGGAGCAGAAGCAGAGCGCAGGCUUAAGGAUUAUAAUUGGGUGUUCGGACGGUUCAGACAUGGAAGAGGCGAAUCCAGACGAGUGCCAAUGGGAAAAAUCCAAUGACUUCAACGAUCAGCCAUCUCUUGUGUUGUUUAUGGAUGAUGGCAGACCGCCGGCAGAUCGGAAUCCCAAAUACCGAAUCAAAAACACCGAGAACCAAAAUCGUUUUAUUCGUUCCCGAACAAACGAUCUCGCCGGAAACUACCACCAUAACCGCAACGAAUCCCCCGAUGACCUUAAAGUCGACCAUGCCGAUGCGCACAAAAUGUCCAUUCUAGCCCGUUUCCGCCGCGAUGCUCCUUCAAGUCGUACCAAAAUGAAGCCGGGUAUAGUCGGGAUUUUGAAGGAGUGCAUAAAAGGGAAAGGAAAAACAAAAAAUACGAAGUCCGCAACACCCACCGCGCUGUCAUCCACAAUGUCAUACAAGCCUAAACGUAGGAAGUCGAAAUCCAGGCCAGUAAUCCGAGAAGCGUGUAAGCGCCAUGAUUUGUACGUCAGUUUUGAAAAUAUUGGCUGGUCAAGUUGGAUAAUUUCUCCGAAAGGAUUUAAAGCGAAUUACUGCCGCGGAAGUUGUCGGUUUCCCAUCGGUCAAGAAUCCAAACCCUCGAACCAUGCCACAAUUAUUAGUAUAGUUCACAAUCUCAAAUUUGACAAAAAUGUCACCGCACCAUGUUGUGUACCUGAUAAACUAUACAGUAUUUCGCUGCUGUAUUUCGAUAGUGAACAGAAUGUUAUUCUGAAGCAAUACGACGAUAUGGUUGCGCAAAGCUGUGCUUGUCGGUAGAUCUGCUGUCGUUUGAUAACUCUGAG